AUAUUUUUUAGGGAUUCCAGAAGCAAAACCUGGUCAAUUGCACUUAUAUCGAGUAACAUCCGUACCUCCUCGUACUGGAGCAACUUUACCACCUCCAGUAUGUAUUACUUGUGUUAAGGAACCUACUCUCACAUCAACGUCACUAAUAUCUUUUGAUGAGGACAUAUACAGAAUUAAAACGACCAACUGGGAUGAAGGCGAUGAUGAUAUCGCGAUCACAACGCCCCCUAGUAAAAGAAAACGAAAAAAACACAUGGUUGACACUAACGAGUCUCCAUGUUUAUAUCAUAAUGCCAUCUUCAGUCCGAAUUCAGCUUAUUAUGUUUUGGAAUGCCUAGGUCCAGGAGUACCUUCAAGUAGUUUGUUCAAAGCUGUCAUGCUAGGACCAAAACUGCUAUUAACCCUUCAAAACAAUACAGAAUUGAGAGAGCGAGUGGCAAAUAUGGCUAUGCCCCAAAUCAAAACAUUUCCUGUACAAAUAUCUGGAGGGUUCCAAGCUCAAGUACGUCUGCAUCUUCCGCCUGGUCUUCGCGAAGAUGAAAUUACACGAUAUCCUUUAGUUGUUCAAGUAUAUGGUGGACCUGGAAGCCAACUUGUGACGGAAAGGUGGAGGGUCGAUUGGAACACUUAUUUGACUGGUCAUAAAGACUUCAUUAUUGCUCAAAUUGAUGGAAGAGGAUCCGGCGGCCAAGGACAUGAAAUUCUUCAUAAAAUUUAUUACAAGUUGGGUUCCAUAGAAGUUGCCGACCAAUUAGAAGUGACUGAAUAUUUAAGAGAUACUCAACAUUUCAUUGAUAAACGACGUGUGGCUAUUUGGGGCUGGAGUUAUGGUGGAUUCGUAGCAUCCUUAGCAUUAGCAAGUAGUAAAAACGUAUUCCAGUGUGCUAUAGCAGUAUCACCAGUUACCAACUGGAAACUUUACGAUUCUGCCUAUACAGAACGAUUCAUGGGCCUUCCAAAUGUAACCGAUAAUUAUAAAGGUUAUGAAGAAGCUGAUGUCAGCAAGAAAGCAUUCCAGUUGAGGGAUAAAAUGUUUUAUGUCAUUCAUGGUACAGCAGAUGAUAACGUUCACUUGCAACAAACCAUGGCUCUGGUAAGGAGUUUGUCAGAGACAGGAGCUUUAUUCAGGCAGCAGAUUUAUCCAGAUGAAAAUCAUAGCCUCGGAGGAGUGAAAAAACAUUUAUAUGAAAGUAUGGGUAGCUUUCUGGAUGACUGUUUUCGUAAGCAAGUACCUCCGGAGUACAAAGCAGGACUGAGGAAUUACUUGGACUAGAUUCUACAAACGUACCUCCGGAGUACAAAGCAGAACUGAGGAAUUACUUGGGCUAGAUUCUACAAACCUCUAUAGUUACGAAUACUCAGAACUGUUUUCCAUUAAAAUGUUUCAAUCUAUUUGAAAAAUGAACAACAAUUUUUACUCAAACAGUGCUUUGAAACAUCCAAAUAGCAUGGAUGUAGUGAUGAAAGUGCCAAAUUUUAAAUGUACGAUUGAUAUAAACGAAAUAAUCGUCUUGUAAUGUCGAAAAUUAUCGAAAAUCGGUAUCGGAAUAAGUGUCGAUAUGUACUCAGGAAAUCAAUUCCACAAUACACAGAAGAUGAAAUUGUUUCAAUCAAUAUUGUACUCACGCGAUAAGUACAAUAACUGAUACAUGCAAAUUCAAUCACGCUUCCUCUGACUAUAUUUUAUCAAUAUUUCAUAAAAGCACUGUUUAUAUGCGUUACAAAUUCAUCAAAUUUUAUUUCAUAAUGUAUUUAAUGAAAUAUAUUAGUAAGAAAUGACAUUUGACACCACAUAAAAAGAAUUACCAACAUGUUUGCCACUCAAUUUAGGAAAUAAUGAAUACAGUUUAAAAAACUAAAAAACACGCUUUUAAAAAACAUCGAACUAAAAAGUUAAAAACAUUUUUUGUAAUAAGCUUAAAGUAAUAACGAACGGAAAGUACUAGUAUUAUUGUGAAAAAAGCGACGGGCGCUUGAUAUACAAAAA